UUGUACAGCAUUAAGAAUCCGCAGUACUCAGAUAUGGCGGAGUCCAAUGUAUUAAAAACCUUGCUUUAUACAAUAAAUGCAUUACUACAGAAGGAGAAAUACAAAGCAGCUCUUGCUGUGCUUAAAGGAUUCAGAAAUGGCGCCGUGUAUGGUGCCAAGAUUCGAGCUCCACAUGCACUAGUGAUGACCUUUCUUUUUCGAACUGGCAGUCUUCAGUCCAAGCUGAAAGCCAUAACCCAGGCCACAUAUACACACUCAAGAAAUCUAGCCUACUUUGUAUUUUCAUAUAAAGGACUGUUGGCACUCCAGAAGUACAUUCAGGGUAAGAGUCUUCAGUCUCACUCGUUCUUGGCUGCAUGUCUUGGAGGUUGGCUGGUAUUCGGGGACAAUAAUAAUAUUAACAGCCAGAUAAACAUGUACUUGCUAUCUAGAAUUCUCUUUGCCUUGUGUCGCCUUGGUGUGGAAAAGGGAUACAUCCCAAAGCCCAAAAAAGACCCCUUCCCACUGUUCGCCAUGCUGGUGUGGGGCAUCGUCCUCUGGCUAUUUGAAUACCAUCCGCACACACUCCAGCCCUCACUCCAGUCUUCUAUGACCUACCUCUACCAUGACAGCAACACAUGGCAUGACCUUACUGAUUUUCUUAUAUACAACAAACCACAGAUUUAAACAUGUUGAAUUUUCUUCUCUAUUAAACCACAACCAGUGAUAAUUGUCAGAAAAUUGUAUAAUUAUUCACCAGAGACUGUUUUAUGUUAUAUGGCAUAAUCUUUUAAUUAAGGCCAUCAAAUCUGCACGUUUACAUAAUGUCCUUUAUGUAAUCGUAAUUUUAAGUGAAUAUAUGAUAGUCUAAUUUAGUAUUUUUUGCACAUAAAUUUCAUAAUUUACAAUUUUGUAAAUUGAUGUUCAAAUAGAGAACCUAUUUCAUAAUCAUUAAAAAGAAAUAACAAAACAAUUUGAACACUUAAUUGUUUGUUAGUUUAAAUAUUAUCCAAAUAUAUUUGAUAUUUGAUUUGUAGCUAGUGGUGAUUUUAUUUCUCUUUGAUGAAGGGGAACAUAGAAUGUCAUACUUGAAUUUGAACUUUAUACACCGAUCAGCCAUAGCAUUAAAUCCACUUGCCUAAUAUUAUAAAGGUUUCUAUAGUGCCACCAGAACAGCUUCGACCACUAAGGCAUGGACUCCACAAGACCUCCUUUAGUGUGCUGUAGUAUCUGACACCUAAGACAUUAGCAGCAGUUCAUUUAGGUCCUGUAAGUUGUGAGGUGAGGCCUUCAUGGAUUGGACUUGUUUGUCCAGCACAUCCCACAGAUGCUUGAUCAGAUUGACAUCUGGGGAAUUUAGAGGCCAAGUAAACACCUUUAACUCUUUCUAUGAAGAGUGGUCCAAAUAAUAUCCAUGUGAAUGCCAGGACCCAAGGUUUACCACCAGGACAUUGGUCAGUGCAUCACACUGCCUCUGCUGAUUUCAACUUUGCCCAUAAUGCAACAUGGUUCCAUCUCUUCCACAAGUACUGUAAGUGAUGUGCAUGCACCCAGCCUUCCCCAUAAUGUAAGAGAAAACACCCCCUCCCUGUUCCAUUGCUUUGUGGUCUAAUUCACUUGCUUCCGUGCCCAUUAUAGGCACUGUAGUUUGUGGACACACAGCAUCAUAUGCUCUAUGAUCUGUCACCUCUCUGUCAUAGUCAGCAUUAACUUUGGUUAAUAUUAACAACUGCAUACUGGAAACAUCCCACAAGACCUGCAAUUAUAGAGAUGCCCUCAAGCAGUCAUUAAGUCAGUACAGUUUAGCCUUGUCAAAGUUUCAUGCUUUCAACCAGUUUAAGAGAACUGAAUGUUUACUUGUUGCCUACUAUAUUGACGAAAGCCAUCAACAUUAUUUACUUCAGCUUCCAUUGGAUUUAAUAAUAUGGCUGGUCUGUGUAUCUUUUGCAGUGAUGGCAAGAAAAACAGUGUUUUAACUUAUCGCCAGUCCAUGAUUGUGCACUUACUUAAGCACAAUUAUGUUUAGUUUAUGAGCUUUUACAGGUAUCAGUAUUGACUGAUUUAAGUCACUGGUGUAGCAGCUCAGCAGGGUGGUAAAAACUUAAUUUAUGCUCUGAAAUGUUCAUUUUGUCUUUUUUUAUGUAACGUAUUGUUGAUUUAGGGGAUAUUCAACUACAAAAUUACUAGCUACUGUAUGUCUUUGCUUAAAAGGUACUGAUAUUGUAAUGAAUCCACAUAGAGGUGUGAGAGAUUAAAAUGUUUGUUUAGUUUUGUAUAGUUCUUUACAUAACCACAUUUGAGCAGCAACAAGGGCUGUAGGGACAUGAGUCCUGUAUUUUGAAGUUGAAGCUGAGAAGAAACAUACUUUUUGUCCAGUUGGCUUAAAAUGUUCUGUUUUUUUUUGUUGACUUUUUUAAAUUAAGCAACGUCCUUAUCUUGCUAAAUAAAACAGAGAGAACUUAAUAAAAUGUACAAAAAUCUGGUUAGACUUUA